GACGAUAUGGACGCGUACUUCCAUCGCUACUGAGCAGCAUUCGUAUGGGCGCGCGAUUUCUUCCUCCACCGGGAGCGCAUUGACGUCGUCCGUUCGCCGUAGUCGGCGUUGAUCGAUUUCGUUGAAGCACGUUCGGCACACCCGGCUCCGCUAAGGUAUUAGAUCUUAGUGAGGGAAAAACUUAUGGUGAACUUGGGGGUGGUCAAUCAGCAGCGGUUCAAUAGUGUUUGGGAAAUCCAGAAGGGAUGAAAACCCGGUGAUUAUUUCCUCAUGAUUUCUGCUUGCGUGCGGUGUCGAUCAUUGCCAAUGUUGGGGCUGUAAAAAGGGGAUUAGUUAGGCUCCCACGCACGGCAGCAUUGAGAGUAUUGUUUAUUAAUUAUUCAAUCAUUUCCAAGUGAAAUGGGGAUGUACGGUUACUGGCUACGGGGCUUCGUUCAUAUAUCGAUGCUCAAUGACGCGAAUGGAAACAACGGUGUCUUGGGUUGUUCCGGAGCCGGAGAAGGGUAACGACGAUACGACUACUCGCGGUUAUAAGCAAAUGAUGGUACGGAAAGUUUUUCAUGGCACUGUGUAAUAAAAGCAAGCAGAAGAGAAAAGAGUUGUGUUUGUAUAUGACGACGCGCCUCGUUGUGGAAGGAGCAUAACGGUCCUUCGCCUGAAGAAAUGGCAAUCGAGAAAUAGUGUUAUUCUGAGUGCGGAUUCCGCCCACGCUUUCCGGCUUGGCGUGCAAAGGGAAGCCAAUUCGGUCUGUCCAGCAGCUUCAGCAGGAAACACGAAGAAGACGUGGAAAGUUGUGCAAAAAGGGAAAAUCGAUGCUUGUUGGAUACUGUGAGAGUGUGUCACGCUCGGGUCGUAGUGCCGUAUUCUGCCGUUGCCAAAAAGUUCCGAACAUGGUAACUCGGUCCGAACGCGGACGGGCUUUUCUGUGCCGUUGGAAGCGGCUUAGUCGUGAUGUUGAUUGAGCAGGAAUAAAUUUUAUUAUUGUUUUUCCCUCUUCCACCUCGUUGGCAACACCCAGAAUUGUCGUGUACUUUCCGUGCAAAGUAAAUUCUCUUGUCCUUCGAGGCUACAUCCCAGCAGAAUAUCACGUGAGUUUGUGAGAAUCCAGGUUCGACCGCUGUGUCAACAACAGAAACAAAAUCAACAGAAAUCAUCUGUAAUACAAUCGAAGGUAAUCAUACCUCCGACAGUUCGCAAGGAAUCGCUAAAAGAAGAAAUAUUUUAGUUAUUCCGGCAAAUCCACCCCGCUGGGAAAUCAAACAUCCGUUGAUUGUUGGCGCCUAUGUUCGGAUUUAUUUUCGCAGAAAAAGUAAAGCAUUUGACACAUCAAAAAGAUUUAGUCUCGGUUCUUGCCAACGAAUCGAAACGAGGCCAGUGAGCGCAAAAAACCAGGUGCACCUGCAAAUCCAUUAUUCAAACGAAAGAAGAAAAGGGUUGAAUGGGAAAAAGUGCGGUGUUCUUCUUUUGUUGUUGCUGUUGUCGUUGGUCGGUGAUCCAGUGAAUAGAAUUGCCCCAGUGGAAAACAAGUAAAAAGUGACUGAGAAAAAGGCACAAACGAAACAACGGGAAGUGAGGAUUAAAUUGGGUCCUUCCAGCAACCAUGAAGAUUGAGUUGAAUUGUGCUUCGGACACCUUUAUCGUGGUUCGAUAAAAAAGAAGGAGCUGCCACGUCCUGCACAGGCACAGAGCAUAACUUUCGAUCAAAAAGAAUCCUCCAUGGCCCACACAAUGCACAGAAGCGGUCGUAAUUGAAUCCCACCCAUCCAGCACACCAAACUGUUCAUAAUCUCUAACCGGCUUUCCCGAGAAUUGCCCAACAUCCUAAAUUUAACAACUCAACCCUCAAAUGGCACGUCCCGCAUAGUCUCCGGCAAACCGCAGACUUCACCGGUUCAACCCACGGCUGCGGAAAUACCAACAAUCCAUCGAAACCAUCACCGUCAUACGUCAAGAUCAUCAGCGAAACACAAACUCGAUUUCGACUCUUCGGACCACCCCACCGGCAAGCAGACGAGUGCAGACGAAACCGGAACCCGCGGCCGAGAGCUUCAUGUGGAAUAAGCGACGCCUUCGACGCCGGUUCGAUGUUGCUCGCCAUGAUGAUGCAUCAAUGCUGCUGCUACUGCUGCUGCAUGAUAGUUGUUGCACUAAUGAUAAUGCACUGUUGCACUGCCACGCAUCAAUCACCUCCGGCCGCAGAGACACCGUCCUCAAAAUUGUUCACAGAACCGGUGGACGCUGGUGCUGCUGCAGCUGCUGCUGACGUUAUGCCGAUUGAGCUGGAGGAAGGGGUUUUGGAUCGUCGGUUGCGAGAUAUGAUGAUGAAACAGGAUGGGGGUGUGUAUCUGAGUGCGGAUGAUCCGAAUGCGGGGGGAGUGACGAGCGGGGAUAGUGAAAGUGGGAAGGACAGUGUGGAUGCAAGGCGGAAAAUGGAGUUGGAUGGUGGAAGCAGUAGAAACUCCCUUGGAGGAGACGAGCUUGUAGGAAAGAGGAUGGGUUAUAAUGUAAAGCAACGGAAUUCUACAUUAGAAGGGUCACCCGUGUCACCGACGCUGAGCGACAGCGAUAAUCCAUUGCACACAACGGAUUUGGAAAUGAACACAAAUCCAUCAACACAACGAAGUCUGAGGCCACAUGGCCCCGUAACAGAAGCGACACCGUCUGCCGCAUCCACUGGCAGCCAGCAGACCAGCUCUCCUCCGCGGCUGCCGGACGACGCCGAAGUGGUGCACAACCACGAGGUGGGGCUGCCAGCCCCGCUGCCCCAGCAUCAACCGCAGCCGGCCGAAAAAACUCCCCCGCCCCAGCUGCAACGACAUCGAACGAUCAACUCGAUGAACCUUAAUCCGACCACACCGGCGAUGGUGGUGAAACCGGUCGAUGAGCACCGGAAGCUGCUGAAAAGCACCGGCCCCAUACUGAACUACGUCUUCGAUUCGCAUCCACCGUACUACAAAUCCAACUACUACAACACUCGGUAUGGCCCGCACUUUGAAACGGACAACGUUACCAACAUCACAGUGCAAAACGGUGAUGAUUUAUUUCUAAGCUGUAGGAUAAGUUUGCUGCAAGAUAAAACGGUGUCUUGGGUCCGACGGAAACACGGCGAAACGGACCUACAGCUGCUGACAGUGGGGAAGCAAACCUAUUCCGGUGAUUCGAGGUACACGAUCGAGUUUCAGUAUCCGAACAACUGGAGGCUCAAAAUAGCCUCGGCCAACAAAAACGACGAAGGCGUCUAUGAGUGCCAGAUAUCGACGCAUCCACCCAAAGUGAUAAUCUAUUAUUUGCACGUAAACGCGCCCGAGGUCCUGAUCGUAGACGAGGAGGGCGAACCGCUCUACGACAAGUACUACGAGGUCGGUUCGACGAUAAAGCUGAUGUGCCGAAUACGGCACAUGUCGAUGCUGCGAUCCGCCGUCUACUGGAUCCACAACGAGAACAUCCUGAACCACGACGUCCUGAGAGGCGGCAUCAGCGUCAAGACCAACCUCACCAACAUCGGUGCCAACUCAACGCUGUUCGUGGCCAAAGUGAACAAACAGGACUCGGGCAGCUACACGUGUUCGAUUGGACCAAAUCAGCACUACAGCGUCUCCGUACACGUUCUAAAUGGUACCGCCAAUCCGUACGGAAUCUAUCAGCGAUCGUGUGCCUUCUCCGCGCUGCUCAACGCAGUCGAUUCGACAUUCCUGCUGAGGCAACUGCUCUUCCUGAUGCUGCAACGUUUCGCCAGAUAGCAGCAGCACCAGCCGCCCCCUCAGGUGGGCCUUGCUCGGGCCCUUGAAAUUUUCCUCGUAGCAGCCCCGGCCCUACUGCUGCUCCACGGAGGCGCAACGACGCUGUUUGUGCUGUAAACUAGCUAAAAUAAUAUUGUAGUAUUUGUACAGUCAGAGGCAAAUAAGAUAAAGAAAACAAGCAUAGAAAUACACACUUUAGAAUCCCCAAGACGAAGGUUCCACGCCUCAAGGGCUGAGUGUAUAUUGAAACGACGAAAAUGUGGGAGGAUGACAUUCGUUGUUGUACAAACUGCAUAGAUAACAGGAAUUGUGUGGAGCAGGUUGGGAGAUAAGCACAGCUCAAGCAGUGUGAUUCCUUUUGUUGAAGAUUAAAAGGUUUAGACAGACAUACGAGAAAAAAUCGAAUGUAGGUAUGGGAUCACAAUUUCCCAAGGUCAAAAUAACUUUCCUUCUGUUGUUGAUGUUUUCCGUUUAGUCCUAAUCAUGUUUCUAGGUUAGUUAUAUUUUAUACACAAUGAAAAUGGUGGUAAGUAAAAUGUGGAAAAUCUAUGGAGCCGAUCGCAUGCGAUACAAUAUUUUUGUAUGAUUGAAAGUUUAGAUGAGAUUUAUAUUUUUCGUUUUCGAAAAAGACAAAAUUUAACGAACAUGUUAGAUAUGUAAAAAAAACAUCCAUUGAGAAAUCUAUCGAAUUAUGGAACAUAAAACAUUGAACAAAAUCGCAGCGAUUGUAUCUUCUAAAUUAAAUCUACUCCAUAGAAUAAAUAAGUAUGUAAGUGAAUUGAAACAAAACUAAACAAACGGAACAUAAAAGUGAAAUCAUUCUACUGAUGGAAAAAAUAUGAAAACAUAUUCACAACUACGAUUGGAAAUGUAAGAAGAAAGCUACAGCGUAUUUUGGAAGAAUAAAACGAUUAGGUUCAAACAAAAUGCA